AUAUUCUCUUUUCCCCCAACCACGACUUCUUAUAUAACUUGAACACACUCCCUUAAAGCUCCGACACUCACAGCUUCCUUCCCAUUUGUCUCUCUUAAGCUUUAGCUAGCUUUCAUUUUCUCUCUUCCGAGUAUUAAUUGUAUUCCAUAUCAAUCCGUAAACCAUAAAGAAUGUCUACCCGAAGGUCAAGAUCUAGGCAAUCUGGUGGUUCGAGAAUCUCUGAUGAUCAAAUCAAUGAUCUCGUCACAAAGUUGCAGCAGCUUCUUCCUGAGAUUCGCAACAGUAGACGUUCCGACAAGGUCUCAGCAUCGACGGUGUUACAGGAAACGUGCAACUAUAUAAGAAACUUGCACAGAGAGGUGGAUGACCUAAGCGAGCGACUGUCGGAGCUGUUGGCAACAACUGACACGGCCCAAGCUGCCGUAAUCAGGAGCUUACUUUUGCAAUAGAUCAGAGAACCGGGGGGCCAGUUAAUUCAGGAUGAUGACGUCGCAUG